GUUGCAUUCACGGCCUGCCUUGCUGGCUUCUCGAGACACCAUGCAUCAUGCACACAUCAUGCCGACCAUGGAGAGAGCGUUUGAUCCUGCCGCUACGGUCGCUCUUCCAGCAUUGGAAGGGCCACUUGCUCCUGCUUUAGGGCUUCCUCCUGCUGUUGCGGCUGGACCACCUACUAAUGCGUUUGUGCAGAACGUCGCUACCGGUAUGCCGCCUCCUUUGCCUCGAAUGGUUUACGGAGUCCGCCGUGGAAAAGGCGGUGUGCGUGGCUGCAUCUUUCUGAAAUGGGAAGAUUGUGCUCCUUUUGUGAGUGGAAAUGGAAGUGAAAUCGAAUAUCGAGUCUUUUCCAAUGUGAUGGAUGCUGCUCACUACGCCAUGGGAGGACCUACUAGUACAAUGCAACACCAGCAACCAGAACCCCAUCCAACAACAGCACAACAACAGACAGCAGUCCAAUUUCAACCCAAUCAUCCUCCAUUCACGAACCCCCAUGCCCCGUCACUGGAACCAUUGCCUUUUCCAGAUACUCUACAAGCAAACGACAAUAAGCAAGCCGAAGAAGAAGCCAAGAGACCCCCAGUGAAUCUUGGUGGGGAAUCCGAGAGCAAUGCUCCAAAACCUGCUGGAGAUGGCGGUCGCAGUGCAAUAACCGAAACAACUCAAACAGCCAAAGAUCCUCCACCUGGUGCUAGUCCAACCAAGAAACCCAAAACAUGUGCUACUAUUUGCAAGAAACCCAAAAGCAAGCACAAGCAGCCGAAACGACACACCAAGGCAUCACCGUACUGGAUGCAGCAGUACGAAGAUUUCAAAUCCUUUUUGGAAUCCAACAGCCUGACUUGUGCCACUUUGCCAGAACCAGUUCCUGAUCACAAGCAGAACAAAUUCGUUAAAGAGCAACGCCUGGAGUACCGGUACAUGAAACAGGGAUUGGAAACCAAGAUGAUUCCAGACAAAAUUGACAAACUAAGGGCUUUGGGAUUUGAUUUUCAGUAUCAGUCGCUGCUGGAUGCAGAUAAUCAAAAGUGGGAACAAAUGCUAAAAGAAUACAAGGCCUAUCACAACCCUCGUGGUGCCUUUGGUGGUAAUACUACUGCUACCACCACUACUCAGCCGCAACGACCAGCAGGGGCAGCCACAGCAUGGGAAAACAAUCCCAAUAUUCACAAUACUCACGAUGGCGCCAUGGCAACCACCACCCAGAAGAAGCAAUCGGCAGCACUGCGAGACUGGAAACAUGCCCAACGUGUUCAGUUUCAAAACCUGCAAGAAGGCAAGCGGUCUUCGUUGACACCGGAUCGCAUUCAAAAACUCAAUGAUGCAGGAUUUAUAUUCAUGCCCCGGUCCAACUUCCGCACCAUGACGUGGGAGGAACGCAUCCAACAAUUGCAAGACUACAAGGAAAAACACGGCAAUCUCAACAUACCUAGCAAUCACCCAGAACUGGGAUUCUUUGUCAGCAAUACUCGACGAUCCUACAAGUACUUGCACGAAGGGAAAAAGACGGCAUUUACGCACGAAAAGGCCAAUCAGCUGGCGGCCAUGGGAUUUUCCUUCUUGGUUGGCAAACGCAAAUCCAAACCGGUCGAACUCAAGACGUGGGAUGAACAGUUUGAAUUGCUGCGAGAGUUCAAAGCUGCUCAUGGUCAUACGAUUGUCCCACAACACUAUCCUGGACUCGGGCGGUGGGUGAAACAAAUGCGACGAGAGUUCAAGUUGAUGAAGGAGGGCAAAAGAUCGACGUUGUCACCCGAAAAAGUGUUGAGGCUUGCCGACAUUGGUUUUGUUUUCGACGCACAGUUUAGACGCGGGAGCAAGAUCUCGGACACAGACUAUACUAAAGUGGGCGGGAAUAAGGUUGGUGGGUUUCUCCAUCAUGGUUGAACUGACAAAUCUAGAGACUGCCAGCCAUCCCUAUUUAUAUCGUAUCUUAGCCGUGUGUCCCUUUAUUCCGGCAAAACUAGCGGAGGCGUUGAGUGACAGCAGCAAUCGUUCUGUCUUCUAUACGGUACAGUAUUCAAUCCAUCAGAUCAUUUGCCAGCAUAACAACCGACGCCCUUAUAGAUUCUUCCGCAUGAACACAUUGUAGCGUUGUGUGAAUACCUGGUCUUUAGACAUGUCCAAGGAAUAGCGAUCAACAUCCCACCCGUACUUGUGAAUGCCAUUGGACCAAAACUUGUGCGGCACUCCUCCCCUACUCGACAUUGAAGAGCAUCAUCAGCACAAAGCAUAGUCAAAUUUAGACCCAGCUCCACAAACAGAAGGUAUAGAGCGUGCACAAUCACCAUCCAAGCAGCGAAACUGACUCACCAAUCAUACAUAUCUUUGCAAUAUGGUCUGGAAACUUGUUCAAUGAUGAUGGCAGCACCCGGCUUGGCGAUUCGGAUCAUUUCCUGUACCCACAACCCAAACCAGUCCUCCUGCCUCUCUUGUGCAAUCUCGGCCAGCUUCAUGGCCUCUGCCAAAGCAACAAGGCGAAGUGGAUGUGUGCAGUCAGAUUGCGUGAGAACGAAGCUCCAUGCAAUCAUACAUCACAACCAACACGGUGCUCACCCCAAUCCUUCUUCUUUUUGUUCAAACAAAUAUGCUCAUAAAGUUCAUAGUUGGAAUUCAGGUCACCUUUGCCAAAGUUGAGGGGGUCAAGCAGUGUGCUUUUGUUGCAUUACAAUUCAAGCAGCAGAGUGUAUGUAAUCAAGGGC